AUGGAUGUAGACAGCCCCUUCAGAGACCUCCUGAGGACCACGUAUGACGAGUGCUUUAGUGAGGCGCAGUCAGCUGUGACGCUGGAAGAGCAGGAUGCUAUAGCUCCAGCAGACCAGCGCUGGCGGGCCGUGGUCGGUCGCAUCAAAUACCUGCGGAGUCUCCUUCCGCAGGAGCACGCAUUCAAGCACGAAACGGACAAGAAUGCCAUGAAGGGCCUCCGGGAACUCGAGCUGACUGCACAGGAGCAUCUCGAUCUCCACGAAGGCCUGCGCCUUUCUCUGCAGAGCCUCAACAUCAACCAGCCAGUAGCGAGCCCCAACCGCAGCACAUGUACUGAGCAAGACGAUGGCCUUGCUUACGGCGAGGCUUACCAGUCUUACCCGCGGCCACCACUGCCUCCACGGGGAACAUCUUCCCCGGGCCAUUCGACUGCUGCAGUUAUCGACAGCAGGUCAAGCUCCGAUGCGGAGCUCAUACCGUCGCAUACCGACAUGUCAACUCUCUCUUCCACGUCGGCCAGCAAGCUUCCUCCGCCGCCAGCUCCUGAGAGGAAAUCAGAGCGUCCAGGAAGUCCGGGAAAACACAAGUUUAGGACCACAUUACGAACAGGGAAGCCCGGGUUCAGGCCGCGGAAUGCUGGUCCUACUGCGCCUGGGGCAGAUAUGGCUGCCGCUGCUGCGUGGACCUCAAAAGACUCGCGCACCUACCGCGAUAGAUCGCCUAGCAGCGAAGGCUCACCCAGGGUGGCGGCCGCGGGAGCACGCACACAAGCCUAUCUAGCAUCUUUAUCCUCCCCGUCAGACCAGUACACAAUGCGCUUUGACCGACAUACGCGGAGACUUGUACCAAAGGAGAAGUCGAGGGCCGAGGAAAGGUCACACUCUUCGGAAGCUGCCGAUUCUGCUGCAGCGGCAAUGAGGAGCAUGUCGGAGUCGACGAGGGUAUCCGGUAGUGGAAACGGGGUCAACGAUUCGAAUACGGCAGCUACGGCUCCAGCUCUCGCGAGACAGGCCGCAAGGAGGAGUGGUGAAGUUGCCGCAAGCUCAAGGACUCGAAGGUCCGCUGAUGGUCCGAGACCAUCAUUGGCCACUGCGCCUGCCGGCAGAGAUGGUAGAUCAUAUUCGGGGAGCUCUCGGCGCGAACGACGUGUGAAGGAAGAACCAAUAACGCUUGCCAGCAACGGUGCAACUGCCAAGACCCACGAUGAGAGGAUGCCGGCAUCUACAGAAGGAGAAGACGCAGAAGAUAUAUGCGAAGAUCCUAGUUCUAUGACUUGGGAAGCCAAACGAGCAUGGGUUCUCCGAAACAUACCUCCAGGGGUCGAAGGGCCCACGGCUGCGCAGAUUCUGGACGAGAUCGAUCCAACCAAAGACGUAGUGCAUUGGAAAGAAAUCGCGGGACUCGAUGAAGCCAAGAAUGCGCUCAAGGAAGCCGUAGUCUAUCCGUUUCUGCGACCAGACCUGUUCAAAGGUCUUCGCGAACCCCCUCGAGGUAUUUUACUCUUUGGGCCUCCGGGAACCGGCAAGACAAUGCUCGCGCGUGCCGUGGCCACCGAAUCCGAAAGCACAUAUAUUGCCGUUACGGCCAGUACAUUAAACAGCAAAUACCUCGGUGAAUCCGAGAAGCACGUUCGAGCCCUCUUUACUGUAGCCAAGAUGUUGGCCCCAAGCAUCAUAUUCAUCGAUGAGGUCGAUUCAGUAUUGUCAAAGCGCUCUAGCUCCGGAGAGCACGAAGCCAGCCGGAGGCUUAAGACUGAGUUUUUGAUUCAGUGGAGCAGCCUGGAAAAGGCAAACACGACGGUGAAACAGCUCAACGGCAGAGGAAGUGGUGACAACAGGGUUCUGGUUUUGGCGGCGACCAAUCGGCCCUGGGACCUAGACGAUGCCGCAACACGACGGUUCGCCCGACGCCAGUAUAUCCCGCUGCCUGAGUCUGAGACCAGAAGCGUACAGCUGCAGAAGCUACUUGAGUCCGAGCUGAAGCACUGCUUGACAGAAUCCGACGUUGAGGAGCUCGUGCGGCUGACAGAAGGCUAUUCUGGCUCCGAUAUUACGCAUCUGGCCCGUCAAGCUUCCUAUGGGCCUUUGAGAUCGCACGGUGAGGCGGUUCUGCAAAUGACAUCGGAAGAGAUCAGGCCGAUAGACAUGUCGGACUUUGUGGCUUGCUUACGUACUGUUCGACCGAGCGUGAACCAGAGCAGCCUGAAGCAGUUUGAGGAGUGGGCGAGACAGUUUGGGGAGACCAUUGGAUAG